AUGAGCGCUGGAUGUUGCACGUCCGCCUUCUCCGGUCUGGCCUUUGGCGGUUACUGGUAUAACUUGCGACUCGAUCGCUGCUUCUCGACUUUCGGCAUCCCCCUCUUCUUCGAUACGCCAGCGGUUCCAACACGGCACAUCCCCCCUCCACCUCGCUCUGAUCUCGUCACUGGGCACCUUGCUCGUUCCGCCAUGUUUCCAGCCCACGUCGACGGACUGCCGCUCGGCCUCACCGGCCUCCGUGGCCUCCGCGGCCUUGCCGUCGUCCUACUCCUCGGCGUCGACUCGGCGCUCGCCGCCGCCAGGAUCAUGCCCCGUGACUUCAACCCGGACACGGACGUGGACCUCGGCGUGCUCGACGACCUGGACGCCUUUUUCACCACGCUCGGCACCAACGCCAGCGACUGGCUUGACGUGUCGCCGCCCCGGACCAUGGAAGUCGUCGACGUGGCGGCCGCCGAGGCGUGGAACCGCGCCGUCAAGGCGGGCGAGAUGGACAUCUCGCCCCGUCCCCGCGAGGGCGAGGCCCUGGCGGUCGAGCAGACGCGGGCCCUGGCGGCGCGCGACGAGGGCAACGGGACGUGCGAGAACAAGUCCAUCUGA